CCGACUGCGCAGAUCCCGAAGUCCCGCGGCCGCGAGUACGUAGUCAAACUCCGGCUCAGUAAGGACUGUGGUUCCCGUUCGCAGUGCAGUUCGAAAUCUCCGGGAGCGACCGCGUUCUUUCGUUUUUUCUCUCUCUUUCUCUCUCUCUCUUUCUCCUUUCUCUCCUCUUUCUCUCUGUCCCUCUCGAUCCUCACUCUGUUUCUCCCUUUUCCGUAAGCUCUAACCUCUCAGUCCUCCUUCCCCGCUUCCGUCUCUAACCCGUCUUCGUUUUCCCGUCAUCUUCGGUUUAUCGUCAGCCCUCGCCUAGCUUAACGUCUCUCGCCUCCCGUGUCUUCUCUUCUCCCUCUCGUGCGCGCGUUUCCGUCAACCCGGCGAAGGCGCGCCUCUUUAACUUUUUUUUUUCCUCCCUCCGUCGUCACGCGACACGCACGCGAUCCCAUAACGCGCGAAAUUCUUCCGCCUUUCUCGGCCGAGAGGUGACCCGUUCGUUCGCGAUUGAUGGAUGACGGGCGAAACGUGCUGCUGACGGCCGCGUCCUCCCGCCCAUCCAGAGCCCGGAUGUCUUGAUGGCGAGUCACGUGGAUGAUCGGCGGCGACCGGGCAGUGAUUUCGGAAAGUCGUCUCGCUGCUAGAGUCCCCAGGGGGAACAGUCCGGGCAGAGCGCGCCGCGCGGGACGCGCGUGUGUGCCGCCUGAUCGUCGGCGGAUGUCUACCACUGGACAGGAGGCGGCCGAUCGGUGCCCGCAGCAGUAGCAGCAGCAGCAACAGCGGCUCGCAGAGUGAAGUGCGUGGAGGAAAUCCGCGGUGGAUCGGGUCGAUGUGCACAGGUCCGAGGAGACGCACCGACACUUGGCCUCGCUCGGUGACAGUUCCAGUCCGAAAGGAGCUCAUAUGGAAUGGCAUCACGUGGGCCGUCGUCGCUGUCGAUGCUGCCGAUCGCGAUAGCGAUGGCCGCCGUGAUGACAGUCGUGGCUAGUGGCCUCUGUCCGGCGCGAUGCCGAUGCGACGACGAGAGCCUACGGGUCUCGUGCGCCUACGCCGGCCUCGAAGUCGUGCCGAUUCAGCUGAACCCGGAGAUCCGCCACUUGGACCUGUCAAACAAUCGCGUGACCAACGUGCACCUCACUUUCGGCUUCUACGGGAAUUUGGAGAGCCUCGACCUGAGUUCGAAUCUCCUUCACACAUUAGGUCUGGCGAAUUUCGGCAUGCAACAGAAUCUGAUCGUGCUUAACGUCAGCAAUAAUAUGAUUCACACUUUAGCGAGAAACGCCCUGGACGGACUGACGUCCUUGAAGGAAUUGAACUUGGCUGGCAAUAAUAUCUCGGAGAUAUCCGAGCAGGCGUUCAAGUCCACCAGCGAACUGGAGGUGCUGGACCUGAGCGACAACUCGAUCACAAGUCUGAGCGACGAGUUGCUGAAGAACCUGCACAAGAUACGAACUCUGAUUUUGAACAAGAACUCGCUGUUGGAAGUGCCGAUGAGCAAUCUGGCUCUGGCGCCGAGCCUCGAGCGCGUAGAUUUGUCGGAUAACCUGAUACUGGAGCUCGACCAAGACUCUUUGCCAUCGUUACCGUCGCUGGUUUCCCUGAAUCUAUCGAACAAUGUCAUCAGAUACGUCGCUGACGUCGCCUUUGAUCGUCUACCGGAUCUCCUGUAUCUGGAUUUAUCCGGGAACAAUCUGACUUCCGUGCCUACGGCCGCUCUGGCCAGAUUGAACGUUUUGACGGGUCUCGUUUUAAGCACGAAUCCCCUCGGGUCCUUGGAGGCCGUGGCCUUCCGCAAUCUAUUCGAGCUGAGGACCUUGGAACUAAACGACUGUACGAUCGCGAACGUAAACGCGCGGGCCUUCGCCGACAACGUGAAUCUCGAGCGCAUCUCGAUGGAUGGCAAUCGAGAAUUGAGAGAAUUGCCGGCGCGAGUGCUUUACGGAGCCCGAUACCUCAAGUGGGUCUCGCUACGUCGAUGCAGCCUGGCGACCCUGCAGCCGACGCAGUUCCCUGUCGACGGGCUGUCGCAUCUACGAGUCGGCGGCAAUCCUCUGGUGUGCAACUGCUCGGUGCAUUGGCUGUGGAACGUGAUUCGCGCCGAGGAGCGACGGAACGAGACGCGGCUCGAGCUAGACAGCCACGACAUCGUCUGCAGCGACGAGGAAUUCGCCGGCAGAGCGCUGAUCGCGCUAUCCGAGGGCUCGCUGCGGUGUCGCUUGAGUCCCUUGUAUCUAUCCCUGUCGGUCGUUGGCUGCUUCUUGGCGGCCGCGGCCGUGCUCACCCUAAUUGCGCGAUUGACGCGCGCGAAGAGGAAGAGACGGUCGCUGGCGUACGCGGCGCCGAAUCGUCCCGAGUUUCUGGUCUACGUCGGCAGAAGCGACAACGGGCUGGACAAGAACGGCGAGUCGUACAGUCGCCGGCUGCUAACCAGGAACAACGAGGACAUUUCGUACGAUUCGCCGCGCGGUAAAGUGGCGGCGGCUUUGGCGGCGGCAGCGGCGACGACGACGACGACGACGACGGAUUACAGCCCGCAAUCGCGGGAGACAAACAUCUACGAGACGCCGCGUUACGCGCGGCCCGGACGUCGCGACGCCGUCGAACCUACGUCGCACGACAAGCCCGGAUUUCCGACGGAGGAAGGGGUGUACGCGGUGGCGGACGUAACCGAUCUGCGGGACGAGCCGCCGGAAGUGCUGUCGCUUUAUCGUGGCGCGCGCAGUCCUCUCGCCUCCAGGUCGAACGUCCUACGGCGAUUGGACUACGGCUACAAUUACGAGUACGAUUACGAUUACGAGCCGACGGCACCGCCGUCGCCACCGCCGCCGUCGCCGCCGCCGCCACCGCCGCCGUUACCGCCGUUGCUAUCCGAGAAACCGCACGUCGUCUUCGUAUGAGGGGAGCCGCGCGGUCGGAGGUCGUAAGCUGGGUGGGUCCAGCUGCGGCGGACGGUAAUCAGCGAGAAUCCGGGGGAUAGUCUAGUCGUUAGGCGAUACUGGAUACGCCGUCGACUCCGUAUCACGGGCCUUUAACUAUCCGAAACUGUCUCGGGAUUAUUGCCUCGGCGCGACGUCUUGAUACUCGAGGCGUUGCGCCGAGUGUACGUGACGAGAGGACCACGCGGGAUGAUGUGCGCUGGGACUUGGAGUGGCCGCGAGAAUGGUGCGAGAUAUUUCGUACGAGAUUCGUCCCACGCUCCGGAUCGUCAUUCGAGCGUUAAAUUUACUCGAUAUCAACGCACGAUAUCGUUUGGAAACGAUUGCAUCGGCCCUAUCCUAGUUUACUCACGUUAUCGGUCGUUACGACUCGCUGCAUACGAGGACCAACGAACUGCUGCAGGUGCUGCAUUUCAGCACGGCUAAACGUUUGAGCAACGGUAAUGUUCGUUCGCGAUGGGUACGAAGCGAAAGAGAAAGAAAAAGGAAAAGGAAAAGGAGGAAAAGAACGGCGAACGUCCCGGACAGUUUGUACCGAGUUUAGAGUCGCGGUAAGAUGGGAAAGUGGCGUCGAGAUUGUGGACGGACAUUACUUUCCACUUGGCGUUGGAAGAAUGAUCGAUACCAUCGCCGUCGUCGUUGUUGUCGUCGGGAAAGCGGAUUAUCCGAAAUUCUGUUGCUCGAAUGAGAACGGGUGGUGCUUUCGGCUCGUAAGAAACCGACGGGGUUACGGGGCGCGCGACACGCUGAAAUUAUCCCCCGAGGACAAACAGUAGCAACCGUGGACGAGUGAAAAUGAAAUGUCUUCCGAGAUAGUUGCGUCGUUGCUAGACAGAGAGAGAAACGGAGUGAGAGAGAGAGAGAGAGAGAGAGAGAGAGAGAGAGAGAGAGAGAAAGAGCGAGAGAGUGAGAGAAAGAGCGAAAGAGUGAGAGAAAGAGGAAGCCAGGAUGCAUUCUCACUGAGGGAACACAAUCUGACUCGGAAUGUAAAUUGUGCGGGAGCGCGAGAGUGCGUUGUAGUGGUCGGGUCGUGAGAGGGAAAGAGAAUACGAGAGGACCCGUAGUAUUUAUUUUGCGAGGAUUGCGAGUUGAAAUCCGCUGGCUCAGUGUGAAUGCAGUGGCCCGAUUUUGCCCGGCGAGCGUUCGUUCCUGUCGGAUCCGUUUGAACAAGUAGUGACAAAUCAAAUCAAAGCUGCGUCGCGUUAGUCGAUUAAAGGUCCUUCUAAAGAUUACUAGUACCUAGAAAUUAAUACUCUUCGUAAGGUCCGUUCCAGACUCGGGGUUCACCACUAAACUGUUACGUCACAACCGCUGUACGGAUUAAUUAUUGGCAUCUUGUUAUCCUGCCCUCCCUCCCCCAACCCCUCCUCGGAUAUCCAAGUAUCCGAAACAUUCGUUUAAGCUCGAAUUCGGUUUUGUAUUUGUAAAUAAUUGAGUAUCCGGAUCCAAAUAGAUUACUUUCCUCGGGCAUCUCCACUUACAUGCAUACAUUUUUGCAAAUUAUUGAUUAUUCCAAUAAAUGAAUGGCGGAUAUGCAUUAUUAAACUUUCAUGUAGCGCUGAUCAGCGUUGAUUAUAUAUGAAGCCUUCAAACUCGGAUAUUUAUAAUCCUUAUCGAUUAUUAGAUAUCUGAUCUUUUAUUUCUGUGUUCAAGUCGAGCGAGUAUCCGGAUACUCGAGCGCUCAAAGUUUGCAAACUCGAGCUACAGAGUCGAGAUCAGAGUGCCGUUAAUAAAAAGAGCGAUAAGUUGCCUGCUGAAAAAUUACGUUAACACACGUUCCUCCACACAAGACACGCUUAAGGGAGCAAAUUACGUUAUAAGUCGCGAAUCUGACUUCUUUCCCUCUUUUGCGACCGACAGAGGGAGGGAUCCCUCGUUCGUACGAAGUAUUGUAAAUUGAAGCAAUAAUAGUUACGACCUUUACUCUGUAAGCACAUUACACACCGAAUAUAUUUAGGGACAAUUACAAAGGACACAUUUAUACGAAAUACAUAAGCAAAUACAUACGAAAAAUAUAAAUAUAAAUAUAAAUAAUAUAAAUAUAAAUAUAUAUAUAUAUUUAUUUAUUAAUUUAUGAUGUUAAGUUUGGAAAGAAAGAUGUUACGUUUUGAAUACGAAAAUAUACUCAAUGCAGUACGAAUAAAG